CGCCCAAAUGUUGGAAGACGCAAAAAUUUACUUCAAUGACGGUAUCCUGAGCGUAAAGAAUUGUUUAAGCAUUGCAAUUGAAUCAUCGUCUGCAGAUGACUCAAGGUUCCCAAUUACCUCAAUGCACGGGCAAAACGAGCCACUUGAUGUCAAAGAAGCGUACCAGACAUUGGCUCUGGACGUUAAUAGGGAAAUUAAUAGAAUUCGACAAAAUAGCCCACAACAUGAGCCCGUUGACAAUAGAAAAUGUCUAGACGCCAUUUUGGAUAAUUCCGAGAGCGAGUCAAGUUGGGAUCAAGAGCUCUACGGAGAAAGUGCUCUGGAUUGGUAUAUAGAUCCCUUUCAAAAUUGA